UGCAAAGCCGAACGAAGCUACACAGGCCUACAGCCAGCAAGCAGCCUGAAACCAAACUCUAGCUAGCAGCUAGCUAGUAGGCAAACCAAGCCAGUCGAUGACGACGCCCGGAAGCAUUGCCAGCCGGUGGCGCGAGCUCCAGGGCGCGGACUCAUGGUCCGGGCUGCUGGACCCGCUGGACCUCGACCUGCGCACGAACAUCAUCACCUACGGCGAGCUGACGCAGGCCACCUACGACGGGUUCAACCAGGAGCAGCGGUCGCCGCACGCGGGCGCGUGCGUGUUCGGCUACUCCAACCUGCUGACGAGCUCGGGCGCCGCGGCGGCCGGGAACUACACCGUCACCAAGUUCAUCUACGCGACGUCGGCGCUCCCCGGCGUGCCCGAGGCGUUCCUGCUGCUGCCGCUGCCGGACCUGCUGCCGGAGUCGUGGAGCAGGGAGUCCAACUGGAUGGGGUACGUCGCCGUCGCCACCGACGACGGCGUCGCCGCGCUGGGCCGCCGCGACAUCCUCGUCGCGUGGCGCGGCACCAUGCGCAGCCUCGAGUGGGUCAACGACUUCGACUUCACGCCCGUGUCCGCCGCGCCCGUGCUGGGUUCCGCCGCCGCCGCCAACCCAGCCGCCUUGGUGCACCGCGGGUUCCUCUCCGUGUACACGUCCAGCAACCCGGACUCCAAGUACAACCAAACCAGCGCCAGAGACCAGGUCCUGGCGGAGGUGAGCAGGCUGAUGGCACUGUACAAGGACGAGGUGACGAGCAUCACGGUGACCGGGCACAGCCUGGGCGCGUCGCUGGCGACGCUCAACGCCGUGGACCUCGCGGCCAACGGCGUGAACGCGCCGCCGGCGGGCUCCGCGCAGCCGGCGUGCCCCGUGACGGCGUUCGUGUUCGCGAGCCCGCGCGUCGGGGACGGCAACUUCAAGCGGGCGUUCGCGUCGUUCCCGGACCUGCGGGCGCUCCACGUGAAGAACGCCGGCGACGUCGUGCCGACGUACCCGCCGCUCGGGUACGUGGACGUGGCCGUGCAGCUGCCCAUCGCGACGGGGCGGUCGCCGUACCUGAAGCAGCCCGGGACGAUCUUGACGCUGCACAACCUCGAGUGCUACCUCCACGGCGUCGCCGGCGAGCAGGGCAGCGCCGGAGGGUUCAAGCUGGAGGUGGACCGCGACGUCGCGCUGGCCAACAAGGGGGAGGACGCGCUAAAAAACCAGUACCCGGUGCCCGUCUCCUGGUGGGUCGCCAAGAACAACUUCAUGGUCAAGGGCACCGACGGCCACUGGGCGCUCCAGGACUUCGAGCAGAUCUGAUCAUCAGAGCAGAGCUAGCUCGCGCGGCCAUGCACGAUGUUUCCAGUAUGUCUGAAUAAUGAGUGCCAAUAGGCAAUACGGCAUGCAUGUAUUAUCAUUCAGGUUUUCUCUGUGUGUGUGUGAUGCUUGUCAGUUGUCACCUCUUCCUAUCCUAUGAACCGGAAAUUGCGAUGAGGAGUCAAAUAUUAUUUAUAAAUAAAUAAACCAUCUUCUGAUUGUGAUUGUGUCUCA